AUGAUCCGUAAACUGCAUCAGAAUAAGAAAGAAAACCAGAGAUCCCGCAAGCGAGCUAGCAAAGGCAAUAGCAAAUGGCCUUUUGUUAGGGUAGAUGGAUGUCAUUUGAAAACUAAGUAUGGUGGCCAACUUCUAAUUGCUGUUGGAAGGGAUCCAAAUGAUCAAUACUUCCCCUUGGCACUUGGUGUGGUUGAAAAUGAAACUAAAGAAAGUUGGAGAUGGUUCAUUCAAAUCUUGAUGGAGGAUAUUGGUCAAGACAAAAGAUAUGUUUUUAUAUCUAAUCAACAAAAGGAGAUGUUUGAUAGGAUUGAACAUAGACUUUGUCUCAGACACUUGUAUGCUAAUUUCAAGAAGUUUGGUGGAGGAACCCUAAUAAGGGAUUUGAUGAUGGGAGCUUCUAAGGCUACAUACCAUCAAGGUUGGGUACAGAAGAUGAAUGAGUUGAAGAAGGUUGAUUUGGAUGCAUGGAAUUGGUUGAUGGCUGUUCCUACUAAGUGUUGGUGUAAGCAUGCCUUUAGUUUCUAUCCUAAAUGUGAUGUAUUGAUGAACAACAUCUUUGAAUCUUUUAAUACUACAAUUUUAGUUGCUAGGGACAAACCAAUUCUUAGUAUAUGUGAGUGGAUUAGGAAGUAUAUAUUGAAUAGGGUAGCAACCUCUGCACACAAACUUGAAAAAUGGCAACAUAGAGUUAUGUUUAUACCUAGGAGGAGGUUGGACAAUGAAGUGUUCAAUAGUGGCCAUUGGUUACCAACUUGGUCUAUGAAUGAGAAAUUUCAAGUGACACAUAACUUCAACACCCAAGAAUUCAUAGUUGACAUAGCAAUAAAACAUGUAGCUGUAACUUUUGGGAUUUGGUGGGAAUUCCUUUGUAGACAUGUUGUAGUUGCUUUAAGUUAUAGAAAACAAUCACAUGAUGACUUUGUUGAUGAGUGCUACACAAGGGAAAAAUAUGCAAUUUGCUAUGGCUUCUCUGUGUCCCCUAUCAAUGGCCAGGACAUGUGGCCAAAAGUGGAGAUGAAUGAGUUGCCACCCCUAGCAUACAAACAAGGACCUGGUAGACCUAGAAAGGUAAGGAUUCGAGAAAGUGGUGAGGAGGGUGCUAGGAAAAGAAGGCCUGGGGUUGCAUACAAGUGUACUAAAUGUGAUCAGUUUGGUCGUAAUGCUUUGACAUGCAAGAGCCUCACUCAGGACCCUGCUGCACUUAAAAGAAAGAGAAAGGUUAGAGCUCAGAAGAAAGCAACAACUGCAGAGGAGCCAACUGAUGCACAAUCUCAACCAACUAAUGUGCAGUCUGAGGACAUUCCUAAAGUUGUUCAAAAUGUGGAGCCAGCAAAUAUGGAAAAUAUGGAGCCAACAAAUGUGCAAAAUAUGGAGCCAACAAAUGUAAAGUCUGAAAACAUUCAAGAAGUUGUGUAA